CUAUUUAUGUGGCAUUCGGUUCGAAGUAAUCAGACUAUAAAUAUUGUCGAUAGAUGUCGCUGGUUGGACCGUGGUAGGCAGUUCUUUACUUAUUGUGAUGUGAUUUAUAAUAAAACUGUAUUUUACAAAAAAUGGGCAAUCAGCUGGCGGGAAUCGCUCCCUCUCAAAUUUAUCCAGUCGAACACUAUUUAACCGAACUUCCCGAUUUUACUUACGAUUCCAAUUUAGGAAGCACGAGGUUUUUUAAAGUAGCAAAAACACGACAUAAGGAAGGUUUGACUGUGGUUAAAGUAUUUGCUAUUCACGAUCCCUCGCUUCCUUUAAGAAAUCAUCGAGAUCGACUGGAGGAAAUUAGAUCCUUGCUGAUCAAUGCACCUAACUGCUUACCGUUUCAGAGAGCAAUGCUAACUGAAAAGGCUGGAAUUUUAGUUCGACAAUACGUUAAAGACAAUUUGUACGAUCGUAUCAGUACUCGACCAUUCCUGAAUGCUAUUGAAAAAAGAUGGAUUGCAUUUCAGCUAUUCUGUGCUCUAAGCCAUUGUCACGGAGUGGGCGUGUGCCACGGAGACAUCAAGCUCGAAAACAUCAUGGUUACCGGAUGGAAUUGGGUGUUACUGACUGACUUUGCUAGUUUUAAACCGACAUACUUACCCGAGGAUAAUCCCGCAGACUUCUCAUACUUUUUUGAUACCUCCCGAAGGAGGACGUGCUACAUUGCUCCCGAGAGAUUCGUAAAGACUUUAAAUUCCGAAGGAAUCGUCCAUCAUAGUUCUGUCAACAUGGUUUUACCAGAAGAGGAGAUUAAAAAGGGAGAUAUCACGCCGUCGAUGGAUAUAUUCUCGCUCGGAUGCGUGUUGACUGAGUUAUUUACCGAAGGGCAUCCGCCAUUUGAUUUUUCUCAGUUGUUGGCUUAUCAUAGUGGAGAAUAUAGUCCUUGGAAAGUGUUAGAAAAAAUAGAUGAUGUGUAUAUAAGAGAGUUAGUUCGACACAUGAUUCAAAAAGAUUCUGGUAAGCGAUUGAGUGCAGAUGAAUAUUUGGAACAGCAGAGAGGCAAAGCAUUUCCCGAAUAUUUUUAUUCAUUUCUAAAAGGUUAUAUGGAAAAAUUUGCAUCGUCUCCGGUAUUAUCUCCAGAUGAAAAGAUUGCAAUAAUUAAAAGAGAUACUAAAACAAUUUUAAAAGCCCUUCAGUUGAGUGAUGAAGCUAAAGAUUAUAACGAGAUUAGUGAAGGUAUUAUUAUAAUAGUUUCUCUUAUUACUUCGUGUUUACGUGCUCUCAAACAUUGUACUGCUAAACUGAAUGCUUUGGAAAUACUGCAUUACAUAUCACCAUAUUUAAGUCCUGAUAUUAUUUUAGAUCGUUUAUUACCAUAUAUGAUAUACCUAUCAAAUGAUUGCUAUCCUAGAGUUCGUAUUGCUUCACUACAAACUUUAACUCAUUGUCUUACUCAAGUGAAAAGUAUUCCGAGGAGUGAUGCUAAUGUGUUCCCAGAAUAUAUUUUGCCAAAUUUAGCAAGGAUAACUCAAGAUGAGGCUGUUUUAGUAAGAGUAGCAUAUGCUGAAAACAUUGCAGAAUUGGCCGAAACUGCAUUAAGAUUUUUAGAAAUGACUCAUCUGGAAACUGAACAAACUGAAACAGAACAGUCAAAUACUGAAAAUACAUAUUUUCAAGCUCAUCAUCAUUAUGGAACAUAUGGAUCAGAACUUCAAGCAUUACAAGAGAUGAUUCAGCAAAGUGUUUCAACAUUGUUGAGUGAUCCAGAUAACAUUAUCAAGCAGACUCUUUUAGAAAGAGGAAUAACACGUCUCUGUGUGUUUUUUGGAAGACAGAAAGCUAAUGAUGUUCUGUUAUCUCAUAUGAUCACAUUUCUAAAUGAUAAAGAAGAUAGACAUCUUAGAGGAGCAUUUUUUGAUGCUAUUGUUGGUGUAGCUACUUAUGUUGGAUGGCAGUGCUGUCCUAUUUUAAAACCAUUAUUACAGCAAGGAUUAGCCGAUUCAGAAGAAUUUGUAAUAAGUAAAGCACUUCAUGCAAUGACAGAUUUAACAGAAUUAGGAUUGAUGCAAAAACAAAUGCUCUAUGACUUAGUUGGAGAAACUGUUCCUUUACUUUUCCAGCCUAAUUUAUGGAUUCGUCAUGGAACAGUAGGAUUUAUAUGUGCUGUUUCUAAACUGCUGAAUUUAGCAGAUAUUCAAUGUAAGUUAAUGCCAUUACUACAGCCAUUCCUUAAAUACACAAUUAUACAAAUAGAUCAAGAAGUUGUUCUCUUAAAUGCCUUGAAUGAACCACUUUUUCGUUCAAUGUACGAUUAUUUGAUCAAACUUCCUUUAUUGCCAACUUUAUUAGAGAGUUUGCGAGCACGUCAGAUUUCUCGCAGCAUUGCCCGUUCGGGACAUCAGCCAUCUUAUGGAGAUAUGGACCCAUCUUUAAAAGCUGUCUAUCGCAGACUACAAUCUGAUGGAAUGACAGAAGAAGUAGAAGAAAAAAUUCUAGUCAUGAAAGAACAUUUAUUAAAAAUGCAUAAAAAUCAUAAUACCAUGGUUGAUCCUCGUGGAAUUACUGGUAAAGAAGAAAAUGGAAUUAUAGAUCUUUCUGAUUCAAAAUUUAAUGUUCCCUUAAAUGUAAUUAAUCUUGAAAGACCAAGAAGAGAUAUUGAAACUCAAGUUGCUUUGCCAGUUAAAAGUGCUGGAAAGAAGAAAGGAGCAAGCUUAGAUUCUCCUAAUGUAAUGAUGAAUGAGGAAUGGCAGCAUAUGUUUGGUACAAAUGAACCACCGCUUUCUCCAAAAUUACAACCUCAGAUUCCUGAUACUUCUGCCAAUUUACAAACACAAAAACUGAUUUCAACAUCAAAAUUGCUAAUUCAAGAUUCUACUGAUUUUAAUGGAUCACAGCCAUUAUUGAUAAACUCUACAGCAUCCAGUGGAAUAAGUUCUGUUAAAUCAAGUUCUACUUCAGAUUCGACUUUAAAAAGUCAUCACUGUGCUCCAUGCAGAGAUGAAUUAUUGGUAUUGAUUUGUCAUAAACAAGAACAAAACAUCAGAGAUGAAGCUGUUAGAUUAUAUAGUGAAGAUAUAAACAGAGAACCUAAGCCAUCUUUACAAAAGUGGAGACCUAAAGGAAUUCUAGCUGCACAUCUUCAUGAACAUCAAGGUGCAGUGAAUAGAUUACAAGUGAUUCCAGAUACUUCUUUAUUUGCAACAUGUUCCUCAGAUGGAUCUGUUAAAAUAUGGGAUUGUGCAUACAUGGAGAAAAGAAGUGUAGUUAAUCGUUCACGUCAUACUUACAAUCGUAUAGGAGGUAAAUUAACUUGUAUGACUGUUUGUCAAAAUUUACAAUCUUUAGCAGCAUCUUCUGAUAAUGGAAAUAUACAUGUAUUUAAAAUAGAACAAAGUUUUCAAAAGACAUGUCUUCUAACUUCUAGAAAUUUAGAUCCUCAAGAAGAAGGAUCUGUUGUUGAUAUGCAUUAUUUGGAUGCAGGUCUUCAGUCUGUUCUUGCCUAUGCAACUGUGUAUGGAUCAGUUGUUGGAUGGGAUCUUCGAUCUCCUGGAACUGCAUGGAAGUUAGACAAUAACACAAAACAAGGCUUAAUUACCUCAUUUUGUGUUGAUACUCAACAUUGUUGGUUAUUAUUAGGAACAGCAAGUGGGCAUCUUGUUUGUUGGGAUUUACGUUUCAGACUUCCAAUAACAACAAUUGUUCAUCCCACUGGAGCUCGAGUUCGUCGUCUUUUACUUCAUCCACAUCUUCAUUCGUCAGCAUUUUCAGCUGUUCAAGGAAAUAACGAAGUGUCGUUGUGGGAUCUGGAAAGUGGAGCUCGAACAUCAACUCUCUGGGCUAGUAGUAUGCCACCACUUUCACAAUCAUUAACAUCAAAACAUGCAACAUACUCCAUGUAUGUAGGAAAUACUGACAGAGGCAUAUUUUUAAUAACUGCAGGAUCAGAUAUGAAAAUCAGAUAUUGGGAUAUUGAUUAUGCAGCAGAUUCUUACAUAAUUGCAGGAUCUGCUCAUGAUCCUCCAAAUACAACAUUUGUUAGUUACAUGUCUCGUUUAAUAGAUGGAACAGAAGUAAUACAGGAAACACAUGGCAGAUCUAGACCAUCGAGUAGUGAAGAUCCUCCUUGGAAAUAUCCAGAUACUCCAGCUGUUGGACAUCAUGAUUGCAUCAGUGAUAUAAGUAUGAUACAAACAACACAGAAUUUUUUACUUUCGGCUUCGAGAGAUGGGGUAGUAAAAAUUUGGAAAUAAUUAUUUGUAUUAUAAUAACUAUAAAAAUAUUUUGAUAGAUUGAAAUCAAUGCACUUUAAAAUUAUCAUCUCAAUCUGUGAUUGCUGCUUGUGAUAAGUGAAAUAAUGCUUUAUCUUUUUCAGUGCAUAAUAAUCCAUUUAUCACAACAGUAAACACAUGUAUUUAAUAAUGUUUGUAAUACUGCUGAAUCUUUGUUAUUUGCAGUGUUAAAGGUGUAAAGAAUCUAAGACUAUUAUGUAAAUGAUAUUGUCUAAUCAAUCUAUUAAAUUUCUGUAAAUUUUGUCUGUAAUAUCAUGUAAUAAUGUAAAAAAACUUAAACUUUAUAUCAUUUUUGAAGAAAUAUAAUUGUAAUUACCAAUAAUAAUCUAAAAUAAAUUAGUAUUGUACAUUUUAUUAGAAGUAUAAAAAAUCCAAAUUUAUGAAAUUCGUUAUCUGAUAACUCCCCACACAUCAGAAUUAUAAACAAACUCAUGCAAUUACAAAUGAUUUUUUAUUUGUAGUUAGAUUUAAACAUCAUCUACCAAUUUUGUAUCUUAAUUCUUUUAACAGCUUUCAUAUUAUGUAGACGUAGAACAUAUUAAAAAC